AAGAGAAAUGACAAAAUGUCAGAGAGUGAGGAAGAGGAGGAGGAUGAAUCAGAGAGCGAUGCAGAAAGCUCGGUGGAGGUGACGGGGCAGGGAACCAGCAGUGAUGAGAAGGAGGAGGAGCAAAGAAGUAACAGAGAGCCAGCUGAGACCCAGGGCAGUGAAGAGAGCAGUGAGGAGGAGUCUGAGGCUUCAGACACCCGAAGAGAUACAGAGCAGACAGCAAACGAGGAGUCGGACAAAGAGCUUUCAGAGGAAGCCAAAUCCAGAAGUGACUCUGAGGUUGAAUCGGUCGCAUCAAGUGAGGAAGAAGAGGAAAAAAAGAAGGAAAGUGAAGAAUCUGAGGCAGCGACCAGUGAUGGGGGCGAAGACCGAGAGAUAACCCAGGAGGACGAGUCUGAAAAGCCAAGAGCGGAUAAAGCCUGCAGACGGCCCAGACGGACGCCGCGUCCCUCAAAGCCAUCACAGGGGUCCAAAUCCAAGAUGUUUAAAAAAACGAAGGCAGAUAAGCAGGCGGAAAAGGCUGAGAAGCAGAGGGCCAAAGCGGAGAGGCAGAGGUUAGAAAAGGAAGCCAAACAAAAAGCCAAGGAAGAAAAAAAGAACAAAAAGAAGGCAGCAAAAGAGGAGAAACCCAGCUCUGCAACAGGGGAGGCUCAACCACCGAAAGGUCUUUCCCUCAACAAGGCAGAGACAGCGAAAGGCAAGACCAAGUUAGCAAGCAAAGCAAAACAUAUCCAAGAGAAAGAUGCUCUCGUGGAAGCUGCUUCAGUUGAUCCUGAGGCUGAGGAAGGAGAAGAGGAUGAUGAACCAACAUUGACCAAAGCCAUUAAAGGCCAAAACAAAAUGAUGCUUCUCAAAGCCAAAGGUAAAGACCUUAAAGCCAUUCUGGAGCCUGAGGAGGAACAGGACACUGGAAGCACUGUCAAAGGGCAGCCAAAGAGCUUCCUCUUGGGGAAGGCCAAGAUGGUAUCUCUCAAACAAAAAGCAAACAAAUUGCUUGUAAAGCCCGAGGAGGAAACACCAGAGUGUGAGGCCCUUGAUGGGGGGUCCAACAAACCCAAGGAACGCUUGAUAGCACGCAGAAAGGGAAUGACGACUCUCCGCCGAGUGUCCGGUUGGAUUCAGAAGAGCGUCCCACGGGGAUUAAACUUGAGAAAGAAGCUGUCUGCCUGGAGUAAAGCAAUCGGGGUCUCCCGCUGGCUCUCCCUUCGGGCGAUAAAACAGAAACAAGGUGCCAGAAAAUCAAAGGGCAAUAUCUUCAAACAUAGAAUGGCCAUGACGGUUGCCAGUAAAAGCAACCUGGGGAAUAAGAAAAACAGGAGCUCCUCUGCGGACAAAGAGAAAGCCAACCUACAGGGAAAACCAGGGGAGGGAGGGGAGGAAGCCGUCCUAGCUGGUGAGAAAGAGGUAGAGGCCAAAUAUGCUGUAGUACUUCCCAGAAUGAACAAACUGGGCAAGGCAAAGGCAGUCGAGCUGCCCCAGGCCGCUCCUGGACCUUCUACUCCAUUAAGUACCACUGGGUCGCCAGGGGAAGUCAUUACAUCGGAGCCCAAACCUCCAAAACCAGGUGCUAGGCUGGUGCUCCCUGUCAAACCGGAUCUCAGCCUCUUGAAGUCCAUCAAGAAGCCCUUGCCAGGAGGGUUAACUUCAGGUGGCGAUGUGGCAGAGAGGAGCCCGGCGUCCAGUGGCCCACAAGAAGUAUCAUCCAACACUGCGGAUAGAAACAGGAGAGCCGGCCUGGAAAAUCAAGAUGGAGUCAGUGUGCUGCAGGCUGCACGAAGGAAACUGGACCCCUCUCAGAUCAACUUGACCAAGAUGUCCUUAUCAGGGGGAACAAUGGGUGGUGGAGCGCCUCGAGCCAACCGACCAGACCCAGAGAGAGAGACCGCAGCUGGAUUGCCCAGGUCCACGACUCAGCCCUUUCCAAAUGGGGAGGCAAGUUCAGCGAUGACGGGUGUCCGGUCCUUGUAUGAAGAGGAGGCAGACAGGGAAGUGGCCCAGCUGAUGGGGGAGGGUGGUAUAUACAGCAUCCCCCAGCCGGAGGUGCACUGGGCUGGGAACCCACGGAUGAGUGGAGACCCUCAGGACUGGCUGCGAGCUGAGAACCUGCUGCCUCACCAGACAGUGGAGAAGCUGACCAAGUGGACAGUCUAUGAUGAUGGGGGCCAGGCCAGGACUGUUCCUGCCCACAAUGGCAGGGGCCCCUGGGAAUCAGAGGACCCCACCCAGGAGAUGCUAGAGAGUCGACUAGUCAGCACACAGGUGGUGAUGCCCGGCAGCAAGAGACUUAUAGAGGUUGAUGAGGUGGAGGAUCUGUCUCAGCUUGAAGAGGUGUGCGAAAGCUCUGUCCUUCUGAAUCUGAAGAAGAGGUUCCACCGUGACUGUAUUUAUACUUACAUUGGAAACAUGCUGCUGUCUAUUAACCCCUUCAAGCCCCUUACCAUCUACACAGAGGAGCUCAGACAGAAAUACCAGGGCAACGAGCAGCAUAGAAACCCACCCCAUGUGUAUGCCAUAGCUGACACUGCUUUCAGUCAGUCUCAAGCCUCCUCACAGGAGCAGUGCAUCAUAAUAAGUGGGCAGAGUGGUUCGGGGAAGACUGAAGCUACCAAGCUGAUAGUCCACUACCUCAGCUCCAUGUAUCAGGGCAGAAACGACAACCUGCGACAGCCCAUGGAGGUCUUUCCCAUCCUGGAGAGUUUUGGGAAUGCCAAGACAAUCCUCAAUAACAACUCCAGCCGCUUUGGCAAGUACCUCCACAUCCACAUUCUCCAUGGGGUCGUUGUAGGGACCUCUUUGUCGAAAUAUCUCCUUGAGAAGUCCAGGGUUGUCUUUCAGGCCAAUGAGGAGAGGAACUACCACGUGUUCUAUGAGCUGCUGGCAGGUCUGAACGACUGGGACAAACAGGAGCUCUACCUGCAAGGAGCCGAGACCUAUUACUACCUGAACCAAGGUGGUCUCUGUGAACUGAAGGGCAAGCAAGACAAGCAAGACUUCCAGCUUUUGGUUCAGUGCUUUGAGACCAUCGGCCUGCAUGCUGAUCAGAUCUCCACCGUCUGGGCCAUCCUCUCCUCUAUCCUGCAGCUCGGCAACAUGUGCUUCAGCUCAUAUGAGAGCGAGUCGUUUGAGGUGGCUCGCAUCUUCAGCGAAGCCGAGGCCAGGAGGGUCGGCUGUUUGUUGCAGAUUCCCUCCGAGGCGCUGCAGACCGUCAUCACUCACAGAGUCACAGAGACGACCUAUGACAGGAUCUACUGCCCUCUGUCUGUGGAAAGUGCCAUAGAAUCUAGAGAUGCCAUCGCCAAAGCCUUGUAUUCGGUGCUGUUUGACUGGUUGCUGGAGCAGAUCAAUGACUGGCUCAGUCCCACAGAGAUGGACAGCACCGUGGGUAUAGUGGACAUCUACGGGUUUGAGGACCUCGGAGUGAACAGCUUUGAGCAGCUGUGUAUCAACUUUGCCAACGAGCAGCUGCAGCACUUCGUCAACAAGGCAGUGAUCUCCCAGGAGCAGGAGGAGUACAGUACAGAACAGAUCCAGUGGUAUCCCAUGCCUCUCAAGAACUUCCACUCCUGUCUGGAGCUGAUCUCCUCCAGACCACACGGCAUCCUCCGCAUACUGGACGACCAGACCUGCCUUCCCCAGGCCACAGACCAUACCUUCCUCCAGAAGUGCCACUACCACCAUGGGAACAGUCCCUACUAUGCCAAGCCCAAGAACCCACUGCCAGUCUUCACUGUCUAUCACUAUGCUGGAGCUGUCACUUAUCAGGUUCACAAUUUCCUGAAUAAGAACCACGACCAGUUCAGGACAGAAGUGCUGGAGCUUUUCGCCAGGAGUCGUUUAAAGAUGGUGUCUGAGCUGUUCCGGAAGGUUCAGGAUGGUUACAUCCAGCAGAGAGAGCUGGGCUGGAGAGGGAAGGGUCUCCGCCAGCAGCCCUCCACUGCUGCCUCACACUUCCUUCAGUCUCUGACCGAACUCACCACCCGCCUGGAGAGAUGCAAAACCACUUUUGUCCGUUGCCUGAAGCCAAACUACGUCAAGCUUCCCGGGAUCUUCGACAUAGACUAUGUGUCAGGUCAGCUGAGGCAUGCUGGGAUGCUGGAGACCAUCCACAUCAGGAAAGAGGGCUUCCCCAUACGAAUACAUUACGCCGACUUCAUUGAGAGAUACGGGGUGCUCCUGACCCAGCGGCUCCCUGUGGCGUCAGACAGAGAGCAGACGGUGGCUCUGCUGGACACGUUCUGUACCGAGGAGGGACAGUACCAGCUGGGACUCACCAAGGUGUUCCUCAAGGAGCUUCUGUACCAGCAGCUGGAGGAGAAGUGGAGCAGCACCCAGACCUGGGCUGCCGUCACCAUCCAGAGGAACAUAAGAGGCUUCCUGUGCAGGAGGAACUUCAAGUUCUUCAAACAGAAAGCCAUCGUCAUCCAGAGCCACAUCAGGGGACACCAGGCCAGGAAGUACUACAAGCGCCUCAGGCAGUCAUUCACCCAAUUCUGGGCGGUGAUGAUGAUAACCAGGAACACCAUCAAGAGGCGCCAUUGGAGGAAGGAAUAUCACGAGAAAAACAAACUAAAGGCGGUGACAAAGACUAAGUCCAUCUCUUCUGGAAUGGAUGUGGGGAUGUUGGAGAUCCCUGCUGAGCUGUCAGCCAGGCUUCGCAGUGGAGCAGGGCAGCAGCGUGGUUCAGGGGUCACAGAGGUAGCACCUCCACAGGUGAAGGCAGAACACCGGCUUACCCUGCCUGUGGAUAUAGACAGAUACCCUUUCUCUCGCUAUGCCAAGUCCAUGUUAAAGGAUACAUGGUGCCAGCCUCAGGGAUACCCCCUCCAGAGACCCCUCACCCCUCUGGAGCCUGAAGAUGCCAGAACUGCCCUGGAGAUUUACAAACUGAUCUUGCGUUUUACAGGCGAGUCAGACCUCACUGACUGGCAGGAGCAGAUGCUGGGGAACUACAUAGUGGAGAAGGGCCAGAGCCAGCCAGCCUUGAGGGAUGAGAUCCUGGCCCAGUUGGCUUACUAUACAUCGGGCCCACAGGAGGUGCAGAACAGUCUGAGGGGCUGGCUGCUACUGGUCUGCUGCCUCAGUGCCUUCACUCCCUCACCAAUGCUUGACAAACCCCUGCUCAAGUAUGUGUCUGACCAGGGUCCAGGGGAGUACCGCUCACUGUGCCAACACAAACUGCUGACAUCUCUGCAGCUCCCAGCUCCCACUGCCCGAAUCUACCCCCCCACCAGGCUGGAGUGGACCACCAACCAGAGGAAGGGCACCAUGCUGUUGGAUGUACACACCUUCAACGAUGAAAAGCUGACAACCGAAGUAGAGUCUUGGACCACAGGGGAGCAGCUGGCCUCCUGGCUUCUUCAUUUCAGAGGGGUUCAGGAGGCGGUGCACGGCUGGUCGGUGUCACUUCUUAAUGAUGAUGGCUGGUCAGACCUGGCUGGCUCGGACUUUGUCAUGGAUCUUUUGGCCGGAGCUGAAGCUGAAGUAAUGCCACCACCCGGGACUCCAUCGUCUACUCACUCUGACUACCUUUUCAGCAACCAGGGAGACAGGAGGCCUGUUACAGAUCUGGAUGACUCCAUCCCACCUGCACCUCCUAUGCAAGCUCCUGGGCUGCCUCCUUUUGAGGCCCGGCCCUGGGGCAGAGAUUAUCCACAGGAAGGCCGUGGUCGACAGAUGGAUGCCUACGUUGAUCACCUGUUUGACCCCGUGCUGGACCAAGGACCUCCGGACAUGGAGAGAGUAGCCAUGCUAAACCACAGGAUGAGAGGAGGAGGAGGGCUUGGACCCAUGUAUGGAGCUGGUAUGCCUAUGACAAUGCCAGGCUAUGCUAUGGGUGGGGCGGUUAACCCAAUGAUGCCCGGCUAUGGCGCAAAUCCCAUGAUGCCAGCCAUGCCAGCCAUGCCAGCCAUGCCAGCCAUGCAAACAAUGCCAGGCAUGAUGAUGCCUCAGAUGCCCAUGGCCGUCCCACCUGUUGCUGACCCCAUGCAGAUGGCAGCAACGCAGCAGGCCUUCAUCAACCAGCAGGCCGCUCUCAUGGCCCAGCAGAUGACCAUGCAGGCGACGAGCCUGUCCCAGCAGCAGAUACAGGAGCAGCAGAGGAAGCAGGAGAUGCAGCAGAAGAAGGAGGAGCAGAGGCGUAAGGAGCAGGAGAGAAAGCAGCAGGAGGAGGAGAGGCUGCGGAGACGUCGGUCCCAGCGGUCGUCCAGGGACCAGUCGCGCUCGCCCUCCCCUCAGUCCCCCUCACCCCCGCCUGCCCGGCACAGCGCACCUAAACGCUCCUCCAGCCGCAGAAAGCCUGUGCCAGAGCCAGAAACAGAAGAGGACGUGCCAGAACCCGAGGACCUGCAGUCUUUCAGAGAUAAAAAAGAGUACUUUCAGAAGAUUGGUAAAUCCAAAACUCGUAAGCCUCGGCCGGCCAGCCCCAGCCCACCCAGGCAGCGGCAACGCUCCCCACCAUCACCCCGUCCACCACCCCCAGCUCCAGCACCCAAACCUGAGGUUAAAAGUCCCCGUACACCUCCUGCCAAAGAAGAAAACACCCAAAGAGAAAAACCUGUUCCAGCCCCACUCGUAAAGCCUCAGCCUGAACCCACCUCCAACAUCCGGGAGAUCAUCAAAAUGUACAACAGCCGACCCCAACCGGAACCCAAACCCUUUGAGCCCGUCAGGCCCGUACGAUAUAUUGUGAAGAAGAGUGACCCCAAAGAGGAGGCUCUUGCCAAAUUAAAAAAUGCCGCGCCACGAGAGAAGAAACGGUGGGUGCCUCCUCCGCCAGCAGUCAGGCCCAAGCAGCCACCUCCUCCCAGGAGCGCCUCCCCUUCGCCUUCUCCCCCCUCCACCAGAGGCCGCCGUCAGUUCUCCAACGACAUGAGGCAGAAACAGCGCUCCUUGGAGGACUUGUUCAGCUCGCAGCGCUCACAGCAGCCUCCGCCUCCUCCCCCCGACUCCCCACCGCCUCCUUUGCAACCAGCGCCCAUCCUUCAGAACAUCCCCGAACCACCGCCCAUCGCUGCCCCGGCUCUCAAUGAGAUGCCAGAUGAGGAGGACAUCCGCUCCCAGCUCCACCCCUUCUCCGCUAGUGUUUACUUCUCUUACUCCUACAUGCAGGGGAAACUGUUCAUGCGGAAAGAAGUGUUUUACCCUAGAGAGAUGUUCAACCGGCCCUACAUCCUCAAUCUGUUAUGUGAACAGAUCAUGAGGGACACCUACUCCGACAGCUGCGUGAGGAUCAGCAGAGAGGAGAGGAGGAAGAUGAAGGACCUGCUGGCAAAUUUCAAUGUGGGGACAACUAUAAGCACCAUCCAGAAUGACAACAUGAAGAAGAGGAUUGUCAUUGCCGCUCGAGACAACUGGGAAAACUACUUCACCCGCCUGUUCCCUGUGAAGGCGGACAGCGGGGACACACAGCUUUUGGGUGUUUCUCAUCGUGGGAUUCGUUUCCUGAAGGUGGUCAGAGCAUCGGGUAUCAACACCAAACACCUCCAUCUUCUCAAGAGCUACAGUUUUGCAGAGCUGCUGUCCGUUACGCUCCAGAGUGGAGACAGAGUGGAGCUGGAGCUAAAGAGUGAGAACUUGCUGCUGCAGUCAUCCAGAGCUCCUCAGAUCGCUGCAAUGAUCCAACUCUUCAUCCGGGAGGUCAUCAAGGAGUCAGGCCAUGUGGUUGCCCUGAAGAGUUUCAUGACGGAUGACAAAUGUCUGCUCAGCUUCAACAAGGGGGACAUCAUUAAACUGCAACCGAUGGACGGUCUCCAGCCAGGCUGGCUUUUUGGCUCCAUGGGAGGACGCUCGGGUCUUUUCCCAGAAGAUGUCACCCAACCAUCUGCGGCCCCGGACUACCACUCUCUCCACCUUGAUCGAAGAGAUGAGCGGAGGAAAAGCAUGAGGGCAGCGAAAGCCGGCAGUUCAAAUGCAGGUCCCAACAGCAGACGGAUGGUCAACAACGAUUCAGAGCGGCCCAGCAGAGAGGUCUCCGUGGCAGGAUCAGUCCAGGGCUCGGUCGAAGAUAAGGAGAUCCACUCAGCCAUUACUGAAUUUGCCACCAAGUACUUUAGAGUGGCGACAAAAGGGCUGCCAGCAAAUGGAAGGAAUCUUUCAGAGGCGGUUCAACACACAUGGGUCCCCAUAAAGGAGUCUCUCAUUCUCUACAAUGAUCCUGAAAUCAAUGAUUUAUCUGUCAAGUGCUUCACGAACGUGUUGCAGUUCAUGGGUGACGCACCACUGAAGAAUAUGACCCAGUCAGACUGCCUGAGCCAAAUCUUACUGUUGGGGAAGGAAAAGGAGCUGCUGAGAGAUGAAAUCUACUGCCAAGUCAUCAAGCAAACCACCAACAACGCAACCAAUUCCAGCUGCACCAACGGCUGGCGGCUGCUCACCGUGGUGACUGGGUUCUUCCCCUGCUCUGGAACACUACAACCCUACGUCACACGUCAUCUCCAAGACAUCUCUCAGGACACUGGACAGCCGUACCAAGAGCUGGCUGAGAUGUGCCAGGUUAACCUUCAGCGAUCUCUCAGUUGUGGCGGUCGCCGUAACAUCCCCUCAGACAUGGAGAUGGAGGCCAUUCUGGCUGACAAAACUCCGCGACGUGUUCCCAUCCAGCUGCCAGGAGGAGUGGAUUUCCCCAUGAAAAUCGGCAGCUUCACUAUGGCAGCAGAUGUGAUAACAGAGUUCUGUAAAGGCAUGGGCGUCACAACCCUCGAAGAAAUCAAAGAGUUCAUCGUCGACGCCAACUACAUUCAAGAUGGGACGGUGCGUCCCCUCCAUGCCGAGGAGUAUCUGUUCGACUUCCUGCAGGAUGAUGGCUCCGUCUUCUUCUCCCUGAGGAGACUGUUGUGGAGGAGCCCUCUGUCCUUCAUCAGCGACCUCUAUGUGGAGUUCCACUACCAGCAGCUCCUGGGUGACUAUCUGAGUGGGCAGCUGAUGCUUCCUCCUGCUGCAGGUGGUUCCCCUUCAGUCCAGCAGAUCGCAGAGCUGACGGCCCUGCAGCAUGUGGCUCGGGGACUGAAGCACCAGCCCUCGAUGCUUGAGAUCAUGGAGUACCUGCCCCCACAGGACGGGGUCAGAGCUAAGGCUGAAGAGAUUCUGUCCUUCUGCCAGGGACAAGUAGCGGCCAUGCAUUCCCUCAACCCUCAGGACGCUAAAAAGCAAUUCAUUGAGUUUCAGACCACCCUGCCGCUGUUCAGCUCCAACAUAUUCUUGGCCCAGAAGGUGAGCCAGCGAGGCUGUCCCUCCCCGUGCACGAUUGGCGUCGGUCAGGAGGGUGUACUGUUCCUUCACCCUAAAACACAGGAGCGAGUGUUUGUGAUUCCUCUCGCCGAAGUGCAGUCCAUGCGUACAGUCGGCCCCAAAAAACAAGGCAAAGUGCCAGCUGUGGACAUCAGUUAUGGCAAUCCAGCCCGUCCCAAAAAGAUCACCAUUCAUCUCAAAGAGGCUAAGGAAUUGUGCCACAUCCUUGCUCUGAUAAUGGAAGAGUUGGUCCGACCACCAGUCAACAGCUCCAUUUCAAGUAGACAGUAGCCUGUAGACAGAUGGAAAAAAGAUGCGCACACAAGCACGCACACACACACACACACACACA